AUGUGUUUAUCGAGUGACGAAUACACUUUUAAAUGGAAUGGGACUGUUGAUGGUUGUGUUGUUCCGGCUAGGGGGCUUAGACAAGGAGAUCUUAUCUCCCUGUACUUGAAUCUGUUAUGUGCGGAAGCUUUUUCUAGUCUUUUGAGGAAGGCUGCAGAUGAGCAGUUGAUUCGUGGAGCUAGGGUUGAUAAACAUGAAAAGUAUUUGGGGUUGCUGACUAUCAUUGGGAGGUCGAAAAGGGUGGUGUUCAAUUGCAUCAAGGAGAGGAUUUGGAAGAAAAUGCAAGGUUGGAAGGGGAAACUUUUGUCACAAGCGGGUCGUGAGGUGUUGAUCAAAUCGGUGGCUCAAGAAAUACCGACGUAUAUGAUGGGGGUUUUCAAAAUUCCUGAUGGAAUUUUGGAUGAAAUUCACUCGAUACUUGUCCAAUUUUGCGAUUUUAUUUCUUCUCUGAGAGGUCAUGACCCAAGCUAUGUUUGGAGAAGCAUUAGGGGAGCAAAAUCUCUUCUUCUCGAGGGCUUAAAGUGGCGGGUGGGUAAUGGUGAGAGUAUCAAUGUUUUGGAUGAGGCAUGGCUGCCGGGAAGCUACUCAACAGCGUUACCUACUCCCAAUUUGGAGAGCACAGGGUCUUUGAGAGGGUCAGAUUUAAUGUAUAGCUGCAAGGGUGAGUGGGAUUGGGAUCAGGUCAAUCUGCACUUAAUUGAAGGGGAUGCUACACGUGUUCGUGGGAUCCCCCUUAGCUCCAGAAAUCUGAAAGAUAUCCGGUAUUGGUGGCCGACUGAAGAUGGUAUUUAUACUAUUAAGUCAAGGUGUAAGCCGUGUCAAUGGGAAGUUCUCGGUGAAGGAAGGGAAGCAAUGGCAGCAAGGUUCGGUGUCAAUAUGGCAAAGACACUAGGACAUUACAAGAUCGAGCUUGAGUGUGAUGCUAGUGGAGUGGUGAAGAUGAUUAAUCAGGUUAUGAAUGGGAGAACCCCUCUCGACCUCAUAGUUGAAGAUGUUCGUGAAGUUGGCAAGAGUUUUGAAGCUUUCGAAUGCUAUCAUGUUAAGAGAUGUGGGAAUAUUGUGGCACAUUUAGCAGCUAGAUUAGAGCCUAGUAAUGGUGUUGAACAAAUUUUGUGGAUUCUAUUCCGCAAGGUCUACUGGCCUUGGCGGAGAUUGAUGUGA